UCGCGCGCCGUCACAGUCAGCUGACGUCUUGUCCCAAAACCUACAAUCAGCUGUUUGUUUAAAGCUCCAACAUGCUAAUAUACAUUUAUCCCUUUUUCGCUCAUUUAGUUUUAUAUUUUAUCACAUGAUCCUUAUGUCGUGGCAGAAAAGGCCACUAAUUGUUUUUACACACAAUUCCGAAGCUAAUACAGCCAAUCGAAACGAAGAGACAGUUUCUCUAACCAAUAGGGUCGCAGUAACCGACCUGAACUUCGUACAAAUUUUGCAACCAUUCUAUAGAAUCGAACGAAAUGAAGCGACUUUUAUUUUAUCUCGCCAAAAUGGCGGACGCGUCGUUCGCGGUGCGCGGAAUGAAAACACCCGAUAAUCUUUAUGAAUUGUGUUUAACAAAUUUAGUGAACUAUUUGCAGAAAUUUAAGUGCGAUCGAAAUGAUUUGCGUUUGCUGCCGGACAGUGUCCUCAUGGAUAUUUAUUACAAGAUGCUGCAGGAGAAGCGGCUUUGUAUCCUGGGUGCGGAGCUCUCCGAGCUGGAUAUAUUUGAGCGGCUGUUGCGUUUCACCGGCGCCCAGCUGAAACUGCUGCAGUGCUUCCAGGCGGUGAUUGAACACGGCUCGAAGCUGUCUGUGGAACUUUCGGGGGCGUAUAUCAUGCGGUGCGAGUCCAGCGACCGCUCCAGAGACUAUCUCAUACAGCUCGGUCUCAGGCUAGGCGGGUUUUUCAACGAGGCUGGUUGGUAUGCGGACGCGGAGCGUGUGUUGCUGCGCUGCCGGCAACUAUGUCAGGCGCAACCGCAAUCGCCACGCUACCGCCGCCUCACGCUCGAGUGCUGCCACAGAUUACUGAACACUCAAUCGGCGUACUGCUGCUUCCCCGCUGCGGCGGAGACGUACGAGCUGUCACUGCGUCUGCUGGGGCUGGGACACGCCGCACCCGCCAGCGCACCGCCGCCCGAAACGCUCCGCGCCUGUCUGCGCGCGCUCGAUGGACACUCAGUUUGCGACUCCGACGACUACAGAUCGACAGCGUGCGUGGCAGCAGGAUGCCGCGCGGGGUGCGCCUCCGCAGCGCUUCUGGCGCGGUUGUGCAAGGAGUUCAGCUCGCUGCACUUCGUGCGCUGCGACUACGGGGCCGCGCACGCCUGGAGCACGCGCGCCCUCGCCCUGCUCACACCGCACGCGCCCGCCAGGGUGGCAGUGGAGGUGAUCAGAGCUUGCGGCAAGGCGUGCGUGGUGAAGCGGAGAUUCGCAGCAGCGGGGCUGCUGCUGCGGCAGGCGGUGGCGCUCGCCCGACGCGCAUUCGGGCCGCGACAUCCGGCGCACGCGCACGCACUGCUCGACUACGGCUUCUAUCUGCUCAACGUCGACUCCAUCUCGCGCAGCGUCGCCGUAUACGAGGAGGCGCUGUCGACACUGCGGCGUGUGUUCGGGCGCAGCAGCCUGCACGUGGCGACGGCGCAGGAGGACCUGGCGUACGCGCUUUACGUGCUCGAGUACUCCUCCGGCCGCUUCUACAAGGCGCGCGACCACGCUGAGCGCGCCAUCAGGAUCAUUGAGAACCUGGUGCCGCCUGAUCACCUGCUGCUGGCGUCUGCGAAGCGCGUGAAGGCGCUCAUACUGGAGGAGAUCGCGCUCGACACGCCCGCCGGACAGGACAUGAGCGAGCCGAGCCUGCUGGAGGAGUCUGAGGCGCUGCACAAGGCGGCGCUGGCGCUGUCCAUGUUGGCGUUCGGAGAGAAGAACGUGCAGACCGCCAAGCACUACGGCAACCUCGGCAGACUCUACCAGAGCAUGCAGAAGUUCCAGGACGCGGAGAUGAUGCACCUGAAGGCGAUCGCGAUCAAGGAGGAGCUGCUGGGCGCGGAGGACUACGAGGUGGGGCUGAGCGUGGGUCAUCUCGCCAGCCUCUACAACUAUCACAUGAACAUGCACUGCGCCGCUGAGAAACUCUACCUGCGCUCCAUCGCCAUCAGUCUGAAGCUGUUCGGUGAGCGAUACUCCGGGCUGGAGUACGACUACCGCGGUCUGGUGCACGUCUGCACGCAGCUGAAGCGACACGAGCGCGCAGAGCACUACAGCGCGCUGCUGCAGCGGUGGCAUGAACUGCGCGAGCAAUCAAAGACGGAGCAGCAGCCCGCGCUCAACGACGAGCAGGUGCUGCCGCUGGCCGAGCUGUGCGCCCGCCUCGACAUACAGUGAGCGCCCCGCCCACACACGCACUAGCCACACCCUCGGCCCCGCCCACACCAUCGCACACAGCCACGCCCACACCACCGCACACGUGGACACGUCUCGCCAUUUAACAUCAGGUGGAUUGUGGAGGAGGAUAUACUAAAAUUGGUAAAAUGUGUGGCGGGAAUCAUUUUGCUGCUGGUCCUCGAAUCAGUGAGUGUUGAUAUUCUUAUGACCCGGAAAUUCUGUAUCAAAACAAUCCGGGAAACAUCUUCUUCAUGAAAAAAACUAAUAACAUCCAACUGUUUUUCUUGUACAUAGAUUUUUUUAAUGCAUAUAACGAAUUUUAAAUUAUUAAUUACUCAAUUUAACUCUGUAUUUUAAUGAACCGAUUCGUUUAAGUUUAAUUUUUAAUCUGUGACAAUUUUGCUUGACUAAUCUUUGGCGCGAAAAUGACGUAAAGGAAGAGAAAAAAAGUAAAUUUAAUUGUUUAUACUCAUGUUUAAACGACAGCUGUUGUAUGAGAAAAGAGUGAGACGUUGUGUCUCAAAAAAUGUAUGAGAAAAUUGUAAAUGCAAAUUAGUGUUGCCAGUAAAAUUUGAUUACGCAAAAUAUUUAGACGCAACGUAACGAUUAGAAUUGAUUUUAAUGUACGUAGAGAUUUUGCACAAUUUUUAUUAUUUAAUUAGUGUUUGUAAAUUUGACUGGUGGGAAAUCGGCCAUUUGCAUAUUUGUGAUAAGAAACUUCAGUAGUCAUCUAUUCUGAUCUCUUAUACAAAUUAUUUUAUAUAUUUACGCUAUUACAUCUUAUUGGUUAUCAUGUAAUUAUAUUUAUAUUAAUCAUAAUAUUCAGUCGUAUACAGACUAUAAUAAUGGACAGAACAUCACAAUGAGGAAUCCAUAGACACUGUGAUCAUGUACAUAUUGUUUUGGACCAUAGAUUAAAUUGUGCAUAUGUGUAUUAGGAUGAGAUGUAUUUCAGUAGGCGUAUUAUUUACCUUGCUCUGCCUCUAUCUUGUGUUCCUUUAUAUUUAGUGAUGUAAAGUUGUAUACGGACGAGGAUAUCUGAACCAGUGGCCAUAAAUCAAACUAAAUUACGAUAGCACACUAGCGCCCCUGUUAAUGUCAGAAAAUGGUACAAGAUCCUUUUUGUAUAUCAAAGUAGGUUUUAAUACACAGACAGAAGCAACUGCGAUGGUAGCGCCCCUCACAGGUUUAGAUAUUCUUGUUUGAUUAUAAAUAUAUAAAAAUUAUGACCGCUUCCGUAUUCUAUAUGUGUACUAAGUGCAAUGUAGUGAGAGUAUAUAAUUGUUUCUUGUUUUGUUUGCGGAUUUCUUUGAAUGCAGUGCCACGUGUUUGUAUGAAUUAGCAAAUAUGUACUUAAGCUGGAAGAUUCGAUGUUGAUAAACUGCACUGCAUUUUAAACUUUCAAUGUUAUAGUUUUAAAGUCGCCUUUCGUUCGAUAUUUUGUGGAUAAUACUAUAAAAAUAUUUAGCUUCGACAUUGUAUUUGCAAGUAUUUGUAUUGACUUUGUUUGCGCGAAGUUACGUUAUAAUUUGUUAGCAGGUUAUGAAUGGCUGUUAGGUUCGUGAGCAAAUAAACGUUUCACGUCCA